AUGAGUGCCUCCAAGUCACAGUCUCAGAAGAUUUUUGAAAAGCUCAAGACCAAGCCAGCAAACCGGAUAUGUUUUGAUUGUGGUCAGAAGAAUCCUACAUGGUCCUCGGUCCCUUUUGGCAUCUAUCUCUGUUUAGACUGCUCCUCAAACCACCGAAAUCUGGGUGUUCAUAUCUCAUUUGUGCGAUCGACGAAUCUCGAUGUGUGGCAGUGGGAGCAGUUGCGGAUAAUGAAAGUCGGCGGGAACGAAUCGGCGACCAAGUUCUUUCAGUCGAAUGGAGGCACUGCUGCUUUAGCGAGCAAGGAUCCCAAAGUGAAAUAUACAUCUACUGCGGCAACCAAGUAUAAGGACGAGCUGAAGCGUCGUGCUGCUGGGGACUCGCAGGACUACCCUGGAGAAGUUGUCGUCACUGAUGAUUAUGUCGCCGCGGCUGCUGAUGGCACUUCAACGCCUGUUGGGGAGCCAAACGACGAUUUCUUUUCGUCUUGGGAUACGCCUACAAUAAAACGACCGAGCAAUCCUCCGUCGAGAACGGGCACACCAACAGUUGCAUCUCGUAUUUCGUCUCCCUUUCUUUCUGCAAAUCAAAACGGCACAGCAGCGGCUGGACGACCGAAAUCACCGUCACCUUUAGCUACCACCGAAUCAUCUGAGAAGACCAUGCCCGCACCAGUUGUUGUUCGCGCUACGUCUUCACCCGCUAUCCGGAAAGGUCCAACAGCGGCUGGACCAAGAAAGACCAACAUUCUUGGCGCCAAAAGGGGUCAGAAGCUUGGAGCUAAGCAGGUGGUUGGAGAGGAUAUCGAUUUCGAAGCGGCAGAAAAGAAAGCUAAAGAAGAGGCAGAGAGGAUAGACAGAUUGGGUUACGAUACGGAAGCGGAGAAGGCAGCAGAGGCCGCGAAGACCAAAUCAACAUUGACCAAUAACACCGAAAUCGCAGCUCCAAUACCAAUCAGUCCACCGAAAACAGGCUAUGGCUCUCAACAGGGGCAUCAACGAAGCCCAAGUGAGAUUGAAAGACUGGGAAUGGGUAUGGGCCGGCUGGGAUUUGGUCAGACGGGCAGCAUCAAGUCAAGUUCUGCGCCAGCCCCCAAAAAGCUCGGCUUCGGAGCUGUUGGUGCAAGCAAAGCCGCUGAUGAUGACGGUGAGAAAUUUGCCAGAGAAAAGUUUGGAGGCCAGAAGGGCAUCUCGAGCGAUGAGUUCUUCGGCCGCAACACCUUUGAUCCGUCAGCGCAAGCCGAAGCUAAGACCCGCCUACAAGGCUUCGAAGGUGCAACAAGCAUCUCAAGUAAUGCCUAUUUUGGUCGACCUGAGGAUGAUCUGCCCAAAGAAGAGAAUUACGGAGAUUUGGAGAAUGCGGCUAGGGAUUUUGUCCGAAGAUUCGGUCUUACGGCUGGAGACGAUCUGGAGGACAUUACUCAGAGGCUCGGUGAAGGCGCUUCGAAACUGCAAGGUGCAAUCCGAGCCUACUUGAACAGUUGA